AGCAAAGCCUGAGGACGCCCAGCAAGACCUGCUGCUCUGGCCACAGUGGCUGCUCGACACCACUGUUCCAGCCUCGGUGGUCCACUCUCUUGUCCAGGGGGGCUCUGGGACCUCUGGGAUCCCCAAGUUGGCGCUGGGGCCUUCAAGGACCUGACGGAGCUGCUCAGAGCCAAGGAUGACCUGGGAUGAGGCGGUGCCGGACACCCACUCCACAAAGGGCUUCUACGAGAACUAUGAGCCCAAGGAGAUCCUGGGCAGGGGCGUGAGCAGCGUCGUCAGGCGCUGCAUCCACAAGCCCACGCGUCAGGACUACGCAGUGAAGAUCAUCGACAUCACCGGGGGAGGCAACUUCAGCCCCCAGGAGGUGCAGGAGCUUCGUGAGGCCACGCUGAAGGAAGUGGACAUCCUGCACAAGGUCUCCGGCCACCCCAACAUCAUCCAGCUGAAGGACACUUACGAGACCAACACUUUCUUCUUCUUGGUGUUUGACCUAAUGAGGCAAGGAGAGCUCUUUGAUUACCUCACCGAGAAGGUCACCCUGAGCGAGAGGGAAACCAGGAAGAUCAUGCGCGCCCUGCUGGAGGUGAUCUGCGCCCUGCACAGGCUCAACAUCGUGCACCGCGACCUGAAGCCCGAGAACAUCCUGCUGGAUGACGACAAGAACAUCAAGCUCACGGACUUCGGCUUCUCCUGCCAGCUGCAGCCAGGAGAGAGGCUGCGAGAGGUGUGCGGGACGCCCAUUUACCUGGCCCCCGAGAUCAUCCAGUGCUCCAUGGACCACAGCCACCCUGGUUACGGGAAGGAGGUGGACAUGUGGAGCACCGGCGUCAUCAUGUACACCCUGCUGGCCGGCUCCCCGCCCUUCUGGCACCGGAAGCAGAUGCUGAUGCUGCGCAUGAUCGUCAGUGGCAACUACCAGUUCGGCUCCCCCGAGUGGGAUGACUACUCGGACACGGUGAAGGACCUGAUCUCCCGCUUCCUGGUGGUGAGCCCGCAGGACCGCUGCUCGGCCGAGGAGGCGCUGGCGCACCCCUUCUUCCAGCAGUACGUGGUGGAGGAGGUGCGGCACUUCAGCCCCCGGGGCAAGUUCAAGGUGAUCGCGCUGACCGUGCUGGCCUCGGUGCGGAUCUACUACCAGUACCACCGUGUCAAGCCCGUGACCCGUGAGACGGUCAUCCGCGACCCGUACGCGCUGCGCCCGCUGCGCCGCCUCAUCGACGCCUGCGCCUUCCGCGUCUACGGCCACUGGGUGAAGAAGGGGCAGCAGCAGAACCGCGCGGCGCUCUUCGAGAACACCCCCAAGGCCGCGCUGCUCUCGCUGGCCGAGGACUCCUGAGGGGUCCCCCGGGCUGGGGGUCCCCCUUCCAAGCCAGCGCUCCCACCACCCUGGGACAGACGUGGGCUGGGCCGGCCCAGGUGGUUGCUGAGGCUGCUGCUCUCUUCGGGACGCCCCCGGCGGCCCGGGGCGCACGCACACCCUCAGCGAGUAUCCUCACCACCCCACCAUGUCCAGGGACACCACGUGGGCCGGGGACUGUCCCCACACAGCCGUGGAGGCCAGCGCCCCAGCGGAUGGGAAACCUCCAGGGGCUGUCUUCCUGACCUGCCACCGCCCAGCAUGCUCCCAGCAGCCACCUUCUGCAGAGCUACCUGGCGUUUUACUGCACUUGACAUGACAGACAGGGGAGGGGGCUGUGGAAGGAAGCGGGUUCCUCCUCCAGCCGCUGGCUGGGGAAACGGGCACCUGGAAGGCCAGUCCCCGGGCAUAGAACCAUGGUGGGAUCCCUGCAGCUGCUGAUUUAAAACGUUUGACCAACCA